AUUUUUAAAGAGUGUUUCUUUUACAAUCUAUUUGGAAAAGAAACACAACCAUUCAUACCAAAUAGGAUAUGUUUUGCUGCUAGGAAGGUUAAUUGUUUUGUCUAAAAAUGUUGACUGUAUGACGAAAAUAGUAUUCAGUGAAACGUUGUAGUAUAAUUCACAGUCCAUGUUCAGUCGGUUUCAGUUUUUUGAAAGCUAUCAGGUAAAUACAGCGACAAAUAAGUUUUAAUAAUUGUGCAACUGAGUCUUAACCCUGUUUUUAGCUAAUAUCUAAACAAAAUACACCCAAUUCCCCUUAAAUUAAGUGGUGCACUGGAUUAUUAUGAAAGAAGAAAAUCCUAUACGUUUGGAGAAGGAAAUAAUACAUACAAAAUAUGGAAAGGCCAAAUAUAUUGCCUAGUACUGUCAUACCUAUAGUUUUUAUUGCCUUUAGUUCCUUUAUUCCAGGGAGCCAAUGUGCACAGUUGAAUCCACCCUGGGACUGGAAUAAAAGAAGUGACAGAGACUCAUAUUCUAACAGAUUAUUUCAGCGAACCAUUGAGUCACAGGACUAGAAAUCAUUGUGCACGAGAGAGCCGGGACCUUAACAUGGAGAGAUACUUGCUAACAGCUCUCUUCAGUGUCUGGAUAAAUCUGAUCUAUGGAAUCAAUAUUCAGCCGAUUCCUGAACAUCCAGUGAUCGAUCAGCCUGUCACCCUCAGUGUCAGUGGGGUCAGCGGGGCCAUUCACUCUUUCUCCUGGUAUAGAAGUUCAGGCAUUUCGAAUUCCUCUCUAAUUUUAUCAUAUAAUCCAACUUCGAACCCCGCGGAGACCCAAGGGCCAAAGUACUUCCCUCGAGCCAGCAGCUUCUCAAAUGGCUCAUUACAUAUAGUGGAACUUUCAACAACAGACAGUGGAUAUUACACAGUGCAAGUACAGGCAGGAAGUUUAACAUCACAAUAUAUAAACCUGCCUGUAUAUGUCCCUGUGGUUAAACCAGUGAUCAGGGCAAGCAGCCAGCGGCCUGUGGAAUAUGAUGAGGUCGCCCUUACAUGUACAGCAACCAAUGCACAGAGGUUCUUAUGGAGCAGAAUUGGUGGCAAAAUUCCUUCUGGAGUCAAAUACAGUUCAAAUAAUAGUAGUAUGACUAUUUCCAGGAUAACAUUAUCAGAUGCUGGAAAGUACCAAUGUGAAGGCAUGAAUCCAGUAUUCAAGGAUAUCAGUGAGACCUACACUCUGUCCCUAUACUGUGUCUGUGCAGAUCCACCAGCAGGUGUCUUGGCCGGAAUAAUCUGUGGCACCAUUGCAGGAAUAGCAUUGAUCGCCUGUGCAACAUUUCUGCUGUACAGGAGAUUUAUCCUUCCAGCCAGGCAAGUACAGACAGGACAAGUUAACAGUCAACAAAAGUCAUCUGAAAUAUACGACAAUGUGAUUGAUGGAACCAAGGGACAAAACCCCACAGUGGAAUCUCCAUACACAGGGCUGCAGCAUCAGCCGGAUCACACCUACUGUGACCUUAACAUGGGACAGAUACAAAAGCGAUAAUGCCAAUCAGUGAUUGCCUUCAUCUCUUGAUGCCUUCAGUACCUAUUCCAUCUAAAUACCAAUUCACCUCUCAAAUGUAUAUUAAAACAUACACUUUUUUAAACUGUA